AUGGCGAACGCUCUCGCGGCUGUCUACAAAUGGGGCGUGCCACUCGCUCUCGGGGCAUCUUUUGUCCAGGCAUCUAUAUACGAUGUCAAGGGAGGAACCCGUGCUGUCAUCUUCGACAGGCUCUCGGGUGUUCAGGAAAAAGUCGUCAAUGAGGGAACACACUUUCUCAUCCCUUGGCUACAGAAGAGUAUUAUCUACGAUGUGAGAACAAAGCCCAGAAACAUCUCGACGACCACCGGAAGUAAGGACCUGCAAAUGGUCAGCUUGACUCUCAGAGUCCUCCAUCGACCGGAUGUUCAGCAACUGCCAAAGAUCUAUCAGUCCCUUGGCCAAGACUAUGACGAAAGAGUCCUCCCCUCCAUCGGCAAUGAAGUUCUAAAAUCCAUCGUCGCCCAAUUCGAUGCUGCAGAACUCAUCACACAACGUGAAGCCGUCUCCAAUAGAAUCCGCAAUGACCUCAUGCGCCGUGCCAUGGAAUUCAACAUCGCCCUUGAAGAUGUCUCCAUCACCCACAUGACUUUCGGCCGCGAAUUCACCCGCGCCGUCGAACAGAAGCAGAUCGCCCAACAGGAUGCUGAACGGGCAAGAUUCAUUGUCGAAAAGGCUGAGCAGGAGCGACAGGCUAACGUUAUCCGUGCGGAGGGAGAGGCUGAGAGUGCGGAAAUUAUUAGCAAGGCUGUUGCGAAAGCUGGUGAUGGCUUGAUUCAGAUCCGUAGAAUUGAUGCCAGUCGUGAGAUCGCUCAGACGCUAGCCAGCAAUCCUAAUGUGACGUAUCUUCCUGGUGGCGGGGAAGGGAAGGAGGGUGGAAAGAGCACCAGUCUGUUGCUUGGUUUGAGGAGCUAA